AUGGGUGCAGGUUGUUGUUGCUGUUCCAAGAAACAUCAAAGUGUAUCAUCUGAAUAUCGUCCAAUACCUCAAUAUAUCCAGAUUGGCAUAAAAUCAAACAAUCAUCUCGCACUUAUCGAUGGUUAUCUCAAUGAACCACUUCUGUCUCUCGAAGAAGCUCUUGAACCUUUCGACGGUAAAAUUGAUCAAUUAUCUCACUAUAUCAAAGAAGCGAAAAUGAAAUGUCACUAUCCAUCAGAACAUAAUCUGAAUCAUGAUGAAUCAGCUGCUAUCUAUAUUUAUACAAUGAAAUGGGGCGAUUGGUGUCUUCAUGAUCAUUUGCAAGCAGCAUUGAAUUCUAAAGAUCAAUCUACACUCAAACCAUGGUUCAAGUAUCUCAAAUUAUUUAAAAGCGCACUUGAUAAAUUACCUACUGCAAAAGCAGAAAUUUGGCAGGGAGCACCAUUUGAUGAAAAGCUCGAAGAGCAACUCAGUUCAGAGCCAUUAUCAGUGUAUUCUUCUAUGUGUUCAUGUUCACUCUCGGCAAAUGAAAUUACGAAUUAUCUUCAAAAAACUGUUGGUAAGAAGAUAAUUCUUGUAGGUUAUCAAUCUGUAAAUGGAAAAUUGCUAACUGGUCAUACAGCUAAUGACUUGCAAGAAGCGAUAAUGUGGCCAGGCAUACGACUGGAAGUAUCAAAACAUGUUAUGGUCGAUGCUUGUAAUUCAUGGAUUCUGCAUGCAGUCAGAGAGAUUGGUGAGUACUAA